GCUCCAUUUCGUUUCCACACACAUGUGGCGAAUUGAUAUAUUUUGAUGCAGCCACGCCCACCAAAGUCAACACCACGACGACGACAACAGCAACCGGACUCAUCUGAAUAUGGAGGAAGAAACUAAAGGAAACAAUCUCAACUGGAGCUACCGGCUGAACCAGCCACAGCCACAGCCACAGCCAACUGCCACGCCCACUGGCAACGGUAGCGGUGACGGCAUCGCCGCCGUCGCCGUCGCUGGGGAUGUCCCUGCUCGAAUGGUCGACGAUAACCGCGCGCCCACAAAUCCAGUCGAGCUCUUCGCCUGGAUCUGCGCCCAGAACUUCCCGCAGCUGGAGGACGAGCUGCCGCCGCCCGGCUUCGAUGAGGUCAGCGCAAUGGAAGACACCGACACCGACUCCGACUGCGACAUCGACUCCGACUUUCGCUGCAAGUGCUGUGACAGGCUGCUCUUCAGCCUGGACGCCAGCCUGGAGCAGCGCAGCAUCGGCACCCAGACGGCAAUGGCUGCGGUGGCUGCAGCAGCCGCCGCCGCCAGGCAGCUGCGCGCACAGCUGCUGGCUGAGCAUAUUCGCGACCAAGUGGACGGGCAGACCCAAACGGAGGAGGGAGGGAACAUCCAGGAACAGCAGCAGGCGCAGGAUCCGGACCCAAUCGAGUCACCGCUGCUGGCCGCCAUCCGGCGAUCGCUCAGCGUGCAGGUGCGCGGACGUUCGGUUUGGGGCAUGCUCAAGGCACUGCUGGUGAUCGUCUCGCUGCUGCACGGCUGCUACUGGAUGGGCGACUGCAUCUGCCGUUUGCCCAUGCUGCGAGAUCUGAUGGAUCGUGCUCAGUUCAUAUGCACACCGGCUCCGCCGCCGCCGCCCCGUUCGCUGCCCACGUUCAUCUGGGGCCAGCUCUGCCGUCUGGCGCGCAAGCUGCACAUCGUUUAACCGCGAUCCGCUCCUGGACAGAACGAUAGAUCCCACAUUAGUUGAAGUUAUUUUUGAAAAGCGGCGCACAGUUAUUUUAAGCCCACAAAUACACAUGAGUGUGCGUGCGUGCGUGUGCAUGUGUGCAUGUGUGCAUGUGUGUGUUAGCUUAGCCCAUUUACAAUUUGUAUUGUUGUUGUUGUUGUUGUUGUGUUUGCAUUCAGUGUUUGUUCGCCCAAAUCGACAACAACAGCUGAGAAUCGUCCACACAACAAUUAGAUAUGUAUUCGUAUUCCAUUCUGGUGAUAACAGCUCGGACAGCAACUGAAAUUUACACACACACACACACACCACACACAUGCAUAUAUAUAUAUUUAUCUGUAAAUGUGAGAUGCAGCAGCUAGCAGAGAUUAUUCACGCCGCCAAUAAAUGCAACAACUGUGCGUCAAA